AAAGCGCCCGUGAUUAAUGCGGGUGGGAGUGGGGGGUGCGGCGGGGCACAUUGCACAUUGGAACCGGGACAAGGAGUUUCUCCAGGGUUAUCGAGGAUAGAGGGGCUCCCCCUGCGGCAAUCCCGACCUUGUCUCCUCUCGUGUCUCACUUUCAACCCUCACCCCCUUUUCUUCACCUCCCAUCUGCUAGGAGAGAAGGAAAUAGAGAAGGAAGAAGGGAGAGAGCAGAUCCGUGAAUCUUGGAAGGCUCGUAUCGUCAUCAGGUUUCUUGCUCCAUUGGAUCACCGAAAGAAAGCGAUUUGGAUUUGGCUGAUGUAUCAGGAGUAAUGAGAUUUCCUGUUUUAUGUCGGUCCUGCGACUGGUAUCUGAUUGUUAGAAGAAUCCCUCUGUGCCUGCUUGGAUAAGAUGCCAUCUACCUAUUUCUCAAAGAAAAAAGGGCUGCAAGCUUCUUCAGAAUUCCUACUAGGCCGGGGCCAGAACUUCUUGUUUGGCCAUACCUUGUCCUUUCCAUCGCAGCCACUCUCUACUCUUGUCCAUGGUAUUCAUCAGUCUCCGCGGUCUUCUAUCAAUGUCCUAAGAAAUUUCAAUACAAGUGAUUGUCGCAAGGGACCAUCUGUCAUCGGAACGAUUUCUCGCACCUUUUCUGUGCCUUCUGUGACUGGACCUUCUUGUCAGCCUUGUUUGUAUAACGUUGACACUGUUCUUUCCGAGCCCAACCAAAAGCUUCCUUGCAGCUUGUUCAAGAGAAGUAUAAUGUCUGCUUGCAGUUCUUUAUUAGGUAGAGCUGAACCAGGUGCUUGGCAUCUGGAGAAGAUGAGCAGCAGCAGACAGAUUUUGAAUUCUGUGAUGCAGGCCGAUAUCUGUUAUAGCUAUAAAGGUCUUGAUUAUUGCAGAAGAAUAAGUGGUAACUUGAAAAAUAGAGAACCUUGGGGUACUAAUAUGGUCUACAGGUGUUUCUGGUCUAAUGCAACUGGGACCAGUUGGAAGUCUAAGUUUUCCUUGGAGCCAGGGAUACGAGAUUUUCAGUCGCAGCGUACAGUACCAUAUUCUGCCGAGGCAGCUCCUGAUGUGUCUUUGGAUGGAACUCCACAGCAAGAGCAGUUUGAGAAUUCGGCUGUACCCUCUGACCAAAAAGUACUGAGUGAUAGGACUUUGAAGCUGCUUUCUGGAUCUUGUUACCUGCCGCACCCAGAUAAGGAGGAAACUGGUGGGGAGGAUGCUCAUUUCAUAUGUGUUGAUGACCAAGCCAUUGGUGUGGCUGAUGGUGUUGGUGGCUGGGCAGACCUUGGAGUUGAUGCAGGACAGUAUGCUCGAGAUCUUAUGUCUAAUUCAGUGUCUGCAAUUCGAGAAGAGCCAAAGGGGUCCAUUGAUCCAGCAAGGGUUCUAGAGAAGGCUUAUUCCAGCACAAAAGCAAAGGGGUCAUCAACAGCAUGCAUCAUUGCUCUGACAGAUCAGGGCAUUCAUGCUGUAAACCUAGGGGACAGUGGUUUCAUUGUUGUCAGGGAUGGCUGUACCAUCUUCAGGUCACCUGUACAACAACAUGACUUCAAUUUCACUUAUCAACUUGAGAGCGGCAAUGGCAGUGACCUCCCAAGCGCUGCCCAGGUAUUUAACUUCCCUGUUGCACCUGGUGAUGUCAUCAUCGCUGGAACAGAUGGGCUGUUUGAUAAUUUAUAUAGUAAUGAAGUUACAGCGGUUGUUGUCCAUGCUGUCAGAGCGAGGCUGGGGCCUCAAGUGACAGCUCAGAAGAUAGCUGCACUUGCCCGCCAGAGAGCGCAGGAUAAGAACCGACAGACACCUUUCUCGGCUGCUGCCCAAGAUGCCGGGUAUCGGUACUAUGGAGGCAAACUUGAUGACAUUACAGUUGUGGUAUCCUACAUCAGUGCUUCCAGUUCUUGAUGCAAAUCCCUUCUUGUUGUACAGUUUUGGAGUUGAAAACCAAUAUAAAUGUAUUGCAUAGAUUCAUCUACUGCUGUCCUUUGAAGCUUCUAUUUCAAAAGAAAUGAGCUCGUUGUUAUCUAUCACAACAACCGGUUCAAUCACCCUUUGUUUUUGAGAUUUCACACUACUUUGUCACAACCUUAAUGUUAGAACCUGUGUACGUGCUGGCUUACUUUUUCACACACAUUUUGGAUCAAUUCAUAAGGAUGGAUAGAGAACUUACGUCUU